CGCUAGUGAACGCAUCUUGAAAUCGAAAAGAUAUAUAUAGAAAAUAUUUGAAGCGCGAAAAUGAAGCCCGUUGCCUUGAUCCUGGUUUUUCUGGCCUUAAGCCAAGGUAGAGUGCUGAAUGUACCCAAGGAAGCGAUUGAUAUCCCGGUGACCAUUGUGGAGGAUAAAGAGCAACCAGUGGCUUUGCCUUUGGUCAAGGAGGAGGCCAAGCCAGAGGAAAUUAAGCCUGUUCCUCAGGAAGAAAAAGCCAAGGAUCUGAAGGAGGAAAUUAAACCAGAGGUUAAAGAAGAGAUUAAGCCAGAGGUUAAUGAGGAGAUUAAGCCCGAAAUUAAAGAAGAUUUGAAGCCAGUCAUUAAAGAGGAGCUCAAGGAGAAGAUUGAAGAACAGAUCAAGCAGCAGAUUAAUGAGAAGCUCAAGGAGAAAUCUCUGGAAAUCAAGGAGGAACCUCAGAAAAAUAAGCAAGAAGUUCAGAAGCCAGAAAUCAAACUGGAGACUCCAGAAAUCCAAGAAGAGCCUUCUAAAAAUAUUUUAAAAACUCUGCCAGCUGAGGAGGCAGUUGUUGUGCCCGCCGAGGAGCCUUCCCCCAAUCCUUUGAACCAGGAGCAGUCGGAAAUCCAGGAUCCAGCCCAUCCCCAGGUCCGCCAGGCCACCCAAGCCACGCCUACCCAGAGCACCACCCAGGGCAACUUUGUGCAGCAAUUGAUCCAGAAUUCCCCCAUUGGUCAGUUCCUCAAUCAGUUCCAGCCCCAGCCAGCUGCCAAUCCUCCAGCUGCGGCUUCAGCUCAAGUCCAAGCCGAUGAUGCAGCUGCUCCUGCCACACCGGCUCCCACGGUUCCUGGUUUCCUCAAUCCCCAGGCGGCCAUCACCUCGGCCCAACAGGCUGUCCAGAAUGCGGCCCAAACUGCCGUCAAUGCCACCACUCAGGCCUUCCAGGGUAUUCAGCAGUUCGCCAGCAAUUUGGGCAAUCAGUUCCAGAACACUUUGUCCAGUCUGACGGGUCAACAGCAGGCGGCAGCGGUGUCCACCACUCCACGUCCACCGGGUCCCAUCCAGCAGUUUGUGAGCAAUGUUUUCGGUGGCAAUAAUAAUGCCACGGCUGCUCCAGCUGCCCAGCAAAGUGGCAAUCCUCUCCAGGGUAUCAUCAAUUUCCUGGGCGGCAAUCGUCCCCAGAAUGCCCCAGCUGUCGCCGCAGUAACUCAGGCCCCCGAAAAACCCCCCGUCGAUGAUAAAAUCGAUCCUGCCCAGGAUGAGGUGGCCGAAUUUGUGCCAGAAUCCGAGAAUGAGGUGCGCAACAGUGGUGAAACCAUCGAUGAUUCCUUCGAGGAGGCCGGUGUUCCAGCCAACGAGGUCAUCGUGGUUAACGAUGAUGCCGCCGAGGGCGCUGAGGUCGUCGAUCCUGUCCAGAAUCAGCAGCAGCCCACCGAUGCAGUGGCUCUCUAGAGGGUCAAGAGGUCCCUUUGGUGAACUCCACACAAACAAAACCGACUGACGCCAUUUUCGUCCACAUUUUUCGAUUCAAAUUGAGAAUGAAACAGGAAAAUGCUUCUUUAGUUUUCUAAGUGCAUGCACCGCAACAAAUUAUUUAUUUCAUACUCAGCCCAGGAAUUUAUCUUUAAUAAAAUGAGA